CAUUUACUUAACUUGUUUACAAGAAAGUAUUUUUUAAAUCUCAAGUAGGGAUUAGCCGGAUUAAGGUGUUCAAAGAUCUACUAUUUAAUAAAUAUCUAGAUCAUUUUCGAUCUUAUUGAUUUGUUUGAAGUUUAUAUUGAUGUGUGAUACCCUAUAAUAAAUUGCAAUGCAGCUGAAACAGCUUCUGGUAAUUAUGACGGUCCUUAUUUGUUUGUAUGCAGUUAGUGCCGAUUUAAAUAAGGAAGAACAAGCAUAUUUGGAUUCUAUUUUCGAUCCUAUACCUGUAGAACAGAGAAAAUAUGUUUUGCUUCAUCAGUUAUAUUUAGGAUACAUCCAAGAGAAUCCACAUAUAACACCAAAAGAGUGGGACUUUGAUCUUCAAGAUACCAAAAAAAUAUAUAACAUAUUUGUAGACAAAUUGAAGGUAGUGGAUAAAAAUAAACAUUUAAAAUCAGUGAUUUGUUUUCCAGAUGGACGAUGCAUUGACCCUAAUGACUCAGGGGUAUAUCCAGGUUAAUUUCGUUAAAAUUAGUUUUUUUUCUCCCCAUUAUAUUAAAUAUUUAGAUAUUAUAUAAUA